UCUAGCGCACCGAAUAUGGAAAGCACAUUCCUGCGUAAGCAGAAAUUCUACUGCGGCCGUGCCAAGGUCAGAAUAUGCAGCUUGCGAUACGAGCACGAACAUCUUCCCGGCAGUCGCACGCUGGACGUGAAGAAUGUUGAGCGACUGCACCGGAUAUUUCAAGCCCAGGGAUGUCAGAGAUUGGACCCUGAUAAGCACAUAGCAGUCAUGAUCUCCGACGAGCUCCUGACCGCAGCAAUAGCCAGGUCUAACAUCACGCGUGCCGACCUCUUUGAUAUCAGGAACAUUCCUCCUCACCUCAAUUUAAGAGACGAUGAGACUCUUAUAACACUGCAUGGGAAGCACCGAGUUGAAGCCGGUCGCAGAUUCCUAGACCCAGCGGACAGUUGGUGGAUUGCAGAGCUCUAUUCUACUCAGCUGCCGCAAGAAGCUGUCCUAGAGCUGCGUACCCAGUUCUCCAAUGCCCGUGGGUUCAGUGAUGGCGAAGUCUUUCGCUAUCUUCGCCAUUAUCAACUUCUAGCAGACGAAACCCAAGUGGGGAAGUGGGAGGCCAGGCUUUCCAAGAAUAAAUUGAACGAUGUGACAAAUUUGGAGCUUGUUCAUUACCUUGACCUCAUCUACAAAAUGUGGUCAGGUAUUUUGAUUCGGGAGGUAAACUACUCUCUGCUCGACAUGCAGACUGUCCAGUCUUUGCAGCUACUAUAUCCUCAAUUAUCAUCCAUCGAUCGCACUCGAAUAGCAGCGGGCAUGGCAUCGUACGAGCUUUUCCCAAACAUCCGGGACAUCCAGGACCGGGACAUGAUCAAGACAAAUCUUCUUCGAGUGGAAGGGAGAAUUUUAUCUUUAGUCACUUUCUUUGACGACACCAAAUGCCUCAAGCCCUGUGCUAAGAUACUCAAGAAACUGCUACCGGCCAAGGAAGCUUCCCUUUAUCACGCAUUCACCUCUCGGUUCACGCAGCAACAAGAAGGCAGAGCACAUGUUCAAGUACAGGAAUUCGAGUGGCACACAUAUGACGGAAUGAUGAAUCAAGCAAGAGCAGCUGCCUACCUCCAGCUCUGGCUGUUCGCAAUGCGAAACUUUCCUUAUAUGAAUAAGCAGAAGCCCCGGAAAGACAGCGGAAAGCCGGACCCUCAGUACGAACUAAGGGAGGAAAUGUGGUACGAGCUGGGUCAGUUGGCAUACAAGCUCGGGUUUCGUUCCAAAGAGAUCGACAAGAUGAUCAAGAACGACCCUCUUGAAAAGAUUGUACGCUCUUUCAUCUUCCGGAUGCGACCUAACGACGACUACAACACCGACAAUCUUGAGAGCGAGCUGCAGGGCGAAAUUGUUCAUUUGUGUCGGUUUCUGCAUGGCAUUCCCUUUAGACCAAGUGUGCCAGUAUGCGCCGAGGUAAAUACCGAUACUGAAGGCGCAGACGACUCUGCCUAUCGAAGCGGCCGGCCAUUCCAAUCAUCGUAUUUGGCUCACCGCAGAUAUCUGUUCUUGCAACAUAUCUACAAGGAUUACGCACGUGUAACCACUGCAAGAUAUAUCAGCGCGUUUGGAGUGGCCAGAGACAUCUUCGUGUCCUUCUUCGGU